CAUUUCUUUCUUUAGAAAGAGGUUUGAGGGGGUAGGAAACGGGUCAGUGGCGGUGAGUGUGCUUUUAUUUAAUUUAAGCGAGGGAGCAUUCGGGAUCCAGGGUUGUCCGUCGAAGAAUAUUCUGAUUCAUUAUGCGGAGGGCGAGGGGCUGACCCGGGCUGCUCUGGCCUCCACGCCGGGCGAUGGGCGGUGGGCGUCCGGGCAUAACCGCGAGUGACCAAGAUGGGCGCGCGGCUGUGGAGCCGCUGGGGGGACGUCUCCACCCCCGUCCUGUACGGCUCCCUGGCGCUCUUCAUCUCCAUCCUCCACAACGUCUUCCUCCUCUACUACGUGGAGACCUUCGUGUCCGUCUACAAGAUCGACAAGGUGUCCUUCUGGGUGGGGGAGACCGUGUUCCUCAUCUGGAACAGCCUGAAUGACCCUCUCUUCGGCUGGCUAAGUGACCGCUCCUUCCUCAGCUCUCCACAGUCUGGGGAGUCCAUCUCGGCGCCAGAGGUAGUGUUGAAGAGGCUGAGGGCUCUCUCCAGAAGUGGGCCCCUGCUGGCGCUCUCCUUCCUGGCAUUCUGGGUGGCGUGGGCCCCGGCCGGCCUGCAGUUCGUGGCCUGCCUGUGUUUGUACGACGGCUUCCUCACGGUUGUCGACCUCAACCACAACGCCCUGCUGGCCGACCUGGCCGUGUCCGCGGGGGACAGGACCCAGCUCAACUUCUUCUGCUCGCUCUUCAGCGCGCUGGGCUCCCUCUCCGUCUUCCUGUCCUACUCCUUCUGGGACAAGGAGAACUUCCUGUCCUUCCGGCUCUUCUGCGUGGCGCUGGCUGCCGUCUCCGUGCUGGGCUUCAGCGUGGCUUCAGGCCUGCUGCGGCGGCGGUUUCAGACCGAGGCCCGGGUCCGACAGGAUGAGGCAGCUGCGCUGAAAGAGCUGUGUGUGGGACAGGCCCCGCUGGCGCAGGAGAAGACGGUCACCCUGGGGGAGUAUCUGAAACAGCUCUCCAAGCACAGGAACUUCCUGUGGUUUGUGUCCAUGAACCUCGUCCAGGUGUUCCACUGCCACUUCAACAGCAACUUCUUCCCACUGUUCCUGGAGCACCUGCUCUCCAACCGCAUCUCCGCCUCUACGGGAUCCUUCCUGCUGGGAAUCUCCUACAUUGCUCCCCACCUCAACAACCUUUACUUCCUGACGCUGUGCCGGCGAUUCGGAGUCUACUGCGUCAUCCGCUGGCUCUUCUUUCUCAAGCUGAUGCUCAGCGUGGUCAUGCUGCUGGCCGGACCGGACCAGAUCUACCUGCUGUGCAUCUUCAUAGCCAGUAACCGUGUCUUCACUGAGGGCACCUGCAAGCUCCUGAACCUGGUCAUCACGGACCUGGUGGACGAGGACUUUGUGCUGAACCGGCGGCAGCAGGCGGCAUCGGCACUGCUCUUUGGCAUGGUGGCGCUCGUGACCAAACCCGGCCAGACCUUUGCCCCCCUCAUCGGGACCUGGCUGCUCUGUUUCUACACUGGCUACGACAUCUUCCAGACAGACGCCCUGCAGGACAAGGUGCCCCCCCCGGCCCUGCCCCCCCCGGCGCUGGCCCCCACCCUGCGGCAGGGCUGUUUCUACCUGCUGGUCUUCGUCCCCAUCACCUGCGCCCUGCUGCAGCUGCUGGCCUGGUCCCGCUUCAGCCUGCACAGCAGGAGGCUGCGCACCAUCAAGAGCCUGCGCCAGGGCGGCCAGCAGGACCGGCCCUGCACCGUCAAGGCCAUCUGAGCCUGCCUGAGCCCCGUCUCGGCCAGCAAGCACACCUGCCUUAUUUUGAUAUGAAGAGAGACAGAUCUUUUAUUUAUGUACGCAGCGCAAAACCGUCGACCAAAAAUAGUCUGAAGGAGGACGUUCUUUUUUUAUUUAAAACUUGACCUCGGAUGAAUUGCUUGUCUGAAGUGCAGCUCGGACCUAGUCCUGCGCAGGCGGAGCUGUAGCAGGUGAGCACUGUAACAACACCGGGACCAAACUGUCCGUCACAGUGUGCCAAAUGGUUUCAUUCAGGAUAUUUCCGAGGUCCUCGGAGUUCUACACCAUUGAGGAGCUCUGGGUUUUAAUGCAUUUUAACAAGUACCGGCUGUUUCGGGAGUUUUGACAACUGAAAUCUCAAACACUGUUAGCAUUUUUGCACUUUUUUAGACCAGUGCUACCUUUUGAAAAUUUUAUCACCACUACUUCAGCCCUAAUGAAAUGUAAUCUUACCUCUCAGGUUACUUGUUUGAAAAUUGUUUGUGACUUUUCCUUAUACAGUACUGUGUUCUGAGGUGCAAUUUUGAAUGAUGAAUAAAUCUGCAGGUCGUUCCGUCUCAAGAAUUGCAUAUGCAGCAGCAUUUCUUUGGAGAUGUCAGCAGUGCUUGUAGCAUCAUUUCAUCACGGUCUUUUGCCCAUUGUGAAGCAAAGCACUGCUGUGCUGGUUAGGGCUGUGCCAAAUCAUAAUAUUUCUUCAUGUCCUGUAUACUAACCCAAUCUGGAUCUGCAGAUCUUAUUAGCCCUGGCUGUCUAGCACCCAAUCAGGAGUGCAUAAGAUAUGUAACGGCCACUCCCACAUGCACACACCCCUCCCACAUUAACAGGCCCCUCCCACAUGCACAUUUCCAAAGCCAGUCAUCAUUGGACGCACUCAGACCUUCACAGGUUGGCAGAUCAAUCUUAGUUCUGGUGAAUCCUGCUCAUGGUUAGCUAAACCCCAAUCUAACAGUCCCCGGCUCAUAAAUCUCAUCCUGCUUUCCUGGUUGAGCAAUUCAGAAACCCGGGCAUUUGUGCUUUUCAGACACAGUUAGGUUGUGGUGUGUCUUAUCGCCUCACGGCUGCUUUUCAUUUUCUUUUAAAUUGCCCAGUGACGUCCAGGAGGGUUUCACCUCAAUCCAGUAGCUCUGAAAUCCCAAUACCAGUCAUUACAUCAUAACCAUUGAUGGCAUCAAUGGAAAGCACUUUGCUAGUGCUUAGUCACUGGCAGACAAGUGCCUUAUGUAAUGUGAGAAACUAUUCAUGACAGGGUAUUGUUUUAGCGUCUCACGGGCUUUAGUCAACCAUUAACUAAGCAAAUUGCUCCCUGGCCAACAACAGGCAUGUGAGAAGUUGUAUCGGUGGCUAAUUGCCAAAUCCCCUUUGAAGUGAAAUGUGUCAUUUAACAAAGUGAGCUUGUGUCUGGAGACCUCUGCAUUUGUCAGCCCAGACCUACUGAUGCUUCUUCUCUAGUGAAUGCCCUUCAAGAUACAGCUCUCUACUAAAUAUCAUUCUGAACUGCAGCUCAAAACAAGGUUUUGUAAAUUCAAGACAGGGUAUGGGAAAGAUAAAGCAGAAAAUAGGAAUAAUUUUCUCUCUCUCUAGGAGAGGCAGAUCCUUGGUACAAGGCACUGUAGCUUUUAUGAAAAUGUCUGUACAGUGACUGCUGAGUCUGGAGAUUGGUCUGGAGACCAAGAUUGUUCUUGGUCUAGGUUCUUGGUCAAUGUCUAACUUAAGUUUUUUUUAUUAAUUUUAAAAUUCUAUGACUGACUUUCUUAUGUGGAUUGAGUUUGAAGGUAAUCACUGAAAAAAACCCUUGAUUUAUAGAAAAGUAAAAGUAUUCUGUUGCAGGCACUGAAGAAGUCAACCAAUUUUAAAACUAUAAAUAGUUUUAGAAGAUAUAAGGGUUCUGUCUAACAUUUCUGCAGUGCACAGUGUUCCAUUCGGUAUGGCUAAAUAUGGAUUUAUUAUAUGCCAGAACUCUGUGGGUGUCUGCACUGUGCACUACUUUCCCAGUCAUGGUCUGACAUAUAGUAUCACUGCAUUUUGCCUUCCGCCCUCUGAAGGGGUCCAGCCAUCCGUUACAAAAAAGUGGUUUGAUCAUGGGUUCAAUCCUAGAUCAUGUCACUAGCCGACUGUGACUGGGACACAACUAACUGAACUAACUGCUUCCGACUAGGGAUUAGUCUUCAGGGCUCAGUCACCAUGCUGCUGUUGAAGGACUUCCUGCACAGCAAUUGGCUCACAGGUGGGCUGGUGGGUGGAGUCAGCCUGCCCCACCCCACCCCAUUCUCCCCCGUGUGCAGUGUGCAGGGUUCAGGACUCUGGCCUGAGACAUCAAAAUCACACAGUUGACUAUCUGAAGUCUAUCUAGUGGUUGAUGACAAAAAUAACUGAUGAUUCUUUUUUAUUUAGUUGUAAUGUAAGGUUUAUUCCAAUUUCAUAAUUUGAGAGGGAAAAUCAUAAUCCUAAUUAGGAUGUUUCAUUUAUUCCACACGUUAAAAAAUAGACAACCGAGUUUUUCAGUGCCUCUGACUCGAAGGCUUUUCCUCAUCAGAUAGGCAGUCAGAUCGCACAGUGGGCUUCAGUCACAGCCCACACACAGUGCCAAUGGGACUGGCAUGUCAGCACAACAGAAGGGAGGGAAAUACACAAGUGCUUUAUGUUUCAUGGACCAAAUGUUAAGAUGGGAAUAACUUUGUUUUUAAACUAUUUGUAGCCAGAUAUGUCUGAUUGUAUCUUUUCUCAAUGAAGUAUUUUGUCAUUGUCAGCUAUGUUUUGUAACUAAAAAGCUCGUUCCUCACUCA